AUGCUCGCCCCGGCCGCCGCCCGUCGUGGGUCGGCCCACUGGCGAGCCCGCCUGGAGCUCGAAUCGUUGAAGGUCCGGAAUGCUGUGACGAAGCUGUCCACCUCUCCCUCCAAGCCCGACGAGGAGGUUUGGGAAAUAGCAGCCGAGUGGCUGGGGCGCGAAGAGGUGCCCUUUGUCGUGGACUACUUGAAAGGCUUCCAGAGUGCCGCAGCCAACGACGAAGCCUGGACCACCGACGAGUCCCGGCGCCUGCAGCUCAACUUCGAGCUCGCGGAGCACGUGGAGGAAGUGGGCCACACGUGGUAUCUCGUGCAGUGCAAGCUGCGACUGAACAACGGCUCCACCUUUACUUGGACAGCACCCCGGCGCCUGGCGCACCUUCGCGCGGGCAUGUACGAUCCCGUCAAGGAGCUGCUUGGUGAAGAGGAUUAUGCCUCGGCCUCAGAGCAGAAAUCUACAGAACACAGCCAUGUUUCAGGCCAUGAGCCCAUGAAGGCCUUGAAUCCUGGAUGCAUGUCACAGACGUUGGACGUGGCUCGCCGCAGCCGAUCGGGAAGCAAGAGCGGUAGCUGCUCGGAACUCGCCCUACUAGGCCCCUUCACGUUGGACGGAUGGACAGAGGAGGUGAUGCUGUUCAGCCUUGUGGAGAAGAAGACCUUUCUGGAAUACGUCCCCAGCAAGGCCGAGACGUUGACACGCUCCUCUAGCCUGCCAUUGUUGCCGAGCACAUGGUCGAGCACGAGCGAGCACCUUCAGGAAGAGCCAGAUGAGCUCACCAACAAAGUCCCGAAGCUUUUCCUGAUGUCUGUGCGUCAGCACAGCAUCGAGUGUACAGAAUCCGACUUGGCCUCUCCAGGCGCAGCAUCCAUGCGGGGGUCUUGUACAGCCUGGCAAUUGGCAUCCACGCGCGGCGGCAGUGACAGAAGCCUCCUGACAUCCUUCAUCGACUCCACCCACGGAGGAAGCUCAUGGAUGCUGGAGGAUGGUGCGCACGAUGUUGCCAAGUGGACGGGCCCAGUCCCGACCACACCUCAUUCACCACAGUCCGCCAUCAGUGGCUCAGGCUCAAGCACCACCACGGGAAGUGUCCAGCAACCUUCCGAGUCGGCCGGGUCCCAUCUGCACGAGGCGAAGCUUUGUCGACCUUGUGCUUGGUACUGGCGACCGGGCGGUUGCACCAGGGGUGCAGACUGCCUCCACUGUCAUCUCUGUGCAGAUGGAGAGCUGCAGAAGAGGAGGUUUGAGAAUCGCAAGCUGGCCAAGCUGCGCAAGAAGCAGAAGAAGGAGGCUCAUUAG